AAAACACUUCCAAAAAUAAAAAAUAAAAGUUUUAUUGUGGAGCAGUUGAUGCCUUAGCGCCUACAAAGCUCAAGCACUCUCUCUCUCUCUCUCGCCUUCUCCUUCCCAUCUUUGGCUUCAUAUAUAUAUAUAUAUAUAUAUAUAUUAGAGAAGGAGAAGGAGAAGGAGGAGAGGUUGGUGGGGAACAUUGGGAGAUAGAGAGCGAGGGAGUGGGGGAGAGAUGGAUAUUAAAAUGGAGGAAGAGAAGGAAGUGGGAGUCGUGCACAAGGUGAUGGAAGAGAAGAGGUCUCGUUUCCGAAGGAUUUGCGUUUUCUGUGGUAGUAGUCCUGGGAGGAAGCCUAGCUACCAGGAAGCUGCUGUUGAGCUUGGCAAGGAGCUGGUGGAGAGAAAUAUUGAUUUGGUGUACGGUGGUGGUAGCAUAGGGUUGAUGGGCCUUGUUUCUCAAGCAGUUCAUGAUGGUGGACGCCAUGUCUUGGGGGUUAUUCCAAAGUCUUUGAUGCCUAGAGAGCUAACUGGAGAGACUAUUGGUGAAGUCAGAACCGUGUCAGACAUGCAUGAGAGGAAAGCGAUGAUGGCUCGUCUUGCGGAUGCUUUCAUUGCUUUACCAGGUGGCUAUGGGACCCUUGAAGAGCUGCUUGAAGUCAUCACAUGGGCUCAGCUUGGUAUCCAUAACAAGCCAGUUGGACUUCUCAAUGUCAAUGGCUAUUACAACUCACUGCUUUCGUUCAUUGAUGUGGCUGUUGGUGAAGGGUUCAUAUCCCAGACAGCUCGACGUAUUAUUGUCUCCUCUCCAUCUGCUAAGGAACUAGUCAGAAAGUUGGAGGAAUAUACACCGCAGCACGAUGAAUUUGUGUCGAAAUUGAGCUGGGAGGUGGAGCCACCGCUCAGCGUUGUCCCUGAGCCGGAACCUGGAAUGGCAUCCUAAAAUCUUCGUCUUGCUGCAACUGCACUAACUGAAACAAACAUGAUCUGAAAGAAAAAAGGAACUUAAAGAUCUUGAUACAAACUCAAUGCCAGUGACCCUUUUGGUUUUUUUUUUUUUGGGCAAAGUCUAUGGAAUAUGUCUUGGUUUUUUGGCUGAAUGCUUCGAAACUUAUUUAUA